AUGCUUGCCUCCACCUCUCUCAAUACCUGCCAGGACAACUCAGGUCUUCAGGCCAGUUUCUUCAACGCCGUCUACACCCCGAAUAACAACUCGGCCACCAUCAAUCUGGUAGCCACCUCCUCUGUUACAGGCUACGUCAUGUUCGAUAUCGAAGCUUCGGCUUACGGAUACACCUUUCUCAAGACCACUAUCGACCCGUGCAAGAUCAAGCUAGCUGGCAUGUGUCCCAUGACGGCUGCUGCCAAGUUGAAUCUUCCGUUCAGCCUCAAUGUCCCCGCAGAUGCAGCCAAAUCGAUUCCCUCCAUCGCCUACACCAUUCCUGAUCUGGAUGCUAUGGUCAGGGUACGCGUUAACCUCACAAGCACCCACGAAAGUAUUGCUUGCGUCGAAGCCAACAUCUCCAACGGCUUGACAGUUGAUCUGGUUGGUGUGAAAUGGGCUACAGCCAUUAUUGCCGGUAUUGCUUUGGUUUCAUCCGCCGUCUUCAACGGACUCGGCCACUCCAACACCGCUGCCCACGUUGCUGCCCUCUCGCUCUCCCUCUUUGGCUAUUUCCAGGCCCAGGCCAUGCUCGGUUUGACUGGCGUAGAGCUGCCUCCCAUCGCUCAGGCUUGGACUCAAAACUUCCAGUGGUCUAUGGGCAUCAUCCACGUCGGCUUCAUGCAGACCAUCUUCACCUGGUAUCAGCGUGCUACGGGCGGCACCCCGGCCACUCUCUUUAGCUCGCUCGGAUCUGUUUCCGUCUCUGUCCAGAAGCGUGGUCUGGAUGCUGGUCUCGGUGCUGGCAAGGAACUGAUGAGGCGCGGUCUCGCUCUCAUGCCUGCGUCUGCCAUGCAUAUUCUGAAACGAAGCGGCAACAUCUUGUCCCCGGCUGGAGGCUAUGUUGUCUACGGAAUUCAGCGUGUGGCUUUCAAGGCCAAGGUUGAAACCACCAACCUCUUUCUCACAGGUCUGACUUUCUUUUGGCUCUUUGCCAUCUUGACCAUGCUUGGCAUCACCUUGUUCAAGUUUGCUUUGGAAGGCUUGGCCAAGCAGGGCGUCAUGAAAUCAGACAAGUUCCUCGAGUUCCGCAACGGUUGGCGUACCGUUCUCAAGGGUAUCCUCUACCGUAUCGCCCUCAUCGGUUUCCCGCAGCUUUCUAUCCUAUGUCUCUGGGAAUUCACGCAACGCGACUCCCCUGCCGAAGUUGUGCUUGCCGUCUUCUAUUUCUUUUGUCCACUUAUUGCCCUUGCCUGGGGAGCUAGCAAGGUGAUUCAGAUUGCCCGUCGAUCCAUCAACAUGCACGGAAACGCAGCCUACAUCCUCUUCUCAGACCCCCAGGCUCUUAACAAAUGGGGCUUUUUGUACGUGCAGUUUCGUGCCUCUGCCUACUACUUCAUCGGACCCAUCCUGCUGUACACCCUUGUCAAAGCCAUGUUUGUGGCUUUUGCGCAGAAGACUGGCGUCGCCCAAGCUGUCGGCUUCAUCAUCCUCGAGAUUGGCAUGCUCAUUGCCGCGUCGGUGUUGCGCCCGUGGAUGGAUAAGAAGACCAACUCGUUCAACAUUGCCAUUUACGUCAUCAACUUCUUGAACUCCAUCUUCUUGCUCAUCUUUACCAACGUUUUCGGCGCGCCUUUGUUGGCUAUUGGUGUUGUUGGCGUCAUUUUAUUCGUCCUCAAUGCCAUCUUCUCCACGGUCCUUCUGCUCAUGGUUGUCGCCUCAACUAUUUAUUCCAUCGUGCGCAAGAACCCCGAUGCCCGGUACCAGUUCAUGGCAGAUGACCGGGCGUCGUUUAUGAAGUCACAAACCCAGCUCAACAAUGGCGCUGCCACUGAAUUAGACGCAUUGGCAGCUACCGCUAGAGGCGACAAGGCAUCUUACAAGCUCGGAGACGAAGAAUCGAUUGCAUCUGACGAAAUGCGCCACCCUACGGAAACCACUACCAGCAUGGCUUAUGCUCCUCAGACCAUGAACCCUCAAGCUGGCUUCUACCAGCCGACUCGUUCGGUAUCCCCCGUCAACCCAUCUGUGCCACUCUUCCCAGCCAACGACCAGCAGUCCCAUUCAUCAUACGGUCACGGCUCAUCACCAGCGCCAAUUGGGCGCGUUCCUUCGUAUGGCAGCAACCACAACACGAGCCCCGGUGGCUACCGAGCACAAAACAACGCAAGCCCCUGGCAGCGUGGUGCCGGUUACGACUAA